AGUGUGACCGGGCGCAGUGUGUUUAAAAAUGACAGAGCUUCUGCGCAGCUGUUUGUGUGACAUCGAUAUAUGGCACAAUCAUCGGUACCAUCGCUUGAGAAUGGCGGGAUAAUAAAGCUUCGAUUUGAAAAACGGCAGUUUCAAAUCAUAUCGGCAUUGAAACUAAACUCGAGAUAGAUCUAACAUGAAUUUCCUCUCUCGUUACGCAAAGUCAAUUGGCGCCAUGCGCUCUCGAGGGCCGUGGCGACUGCGGCAGCUGCAUCUGGACUCGGGUGACCACUCCUCGGGAACCAUGGCUGAAAUCUCCGAGAAGAUCAAGAAGCAGGUUGGCGUGGAAAUUGGGUACCACACGAUACCCAAGUGCCGCGCUGGCUUGCUCAAGUACCAUCCAAAGCUGGAGGAUUUGCCCGAGCGCAGCAUGAAGGACUCGUACAGAAAGGCGAUCCUGCCGCUGGGCUCUGAUGAGAGAGUGCGCGAGCGCCAUGUCAACCAUGUGGGAAUGGUGCGUGCGGGGCGCCUAAUCGAAGAGAUGGACACACUGGCCAUUUGGAUAUGCCACUGUCAUGUCAAGCUGCCAACGCUGCCAAGGAACACCCCGCUGCCGUAUACCUUUGUGACUCUGCUGGUGGACAGCGUGGAGCUGCUCGCCCAGGCCAAGGCGGACAUAGAUCUGGAGCUGUCGGGCCACGUUUCCUGGACGGGCACCAGUUCCAUGGAGAUCUGCAUCUAUGCGCGACAACAAGAGCAGUCCAUAGCCAAGGCCAUCUUCCUGAUGGUUGCCCGUAAUGCCACCAAUACCGCCCCUGCUCCCGUCAACCCACUGAAGCCGACCAUCGAGCAGGAGAAGCUCUACUGGGCGGGAGCCAAGGAGCGUCAAAAAAAGAAAUCCACGUCCUCCCCCUGUCUGGAUCAAACGCCGCUCAACAAAGAGGAACAGCAGCUCAUGUACGAGCUGUUCAUGCGCACCAGGGGCACGAAUAUUCUGUCGGAAACGGGGAGUGUGGUGAAGCUAGACUCUCGCUGGAUCUCGAGCACACAGCGGUCCAAAGUGUUGCUGGCCUUUCCGGAGAAUCGCAACAACCACAACACCAUCUACGGCGGCUACAUUAUGCGGAAUGCCAUCGAGAUUUGCUACAUAACAGCCAGCUUCUAUGCCGGCCGAAGACCCAUGCUGCAGUACCUCUCGGACGUGGCCUUCUUCCAGCCCGUUCACAUCAGUUGCAUACUCAAGCUGGAGGCCUAUGUCGUGUACACCUCCGACAACUAUAUGCAACUGAUGGCCGUGGCCAAGGUGCUCGAUGCCAACAGCUUCACGGAGAUGCAGACGAAUGCCUUCCAUCUCACGUAUCGCAGCGAUCACAAGGUGAAGGAGGUACUGCCGCACAGCUACCAGGAGACAGUGUGGCACAUAAUCGGUCGUCGGCAUUUUCAGAGCUUCCAGCAGAGAAAGUAGAGACAGACACA